UUUAGCCUUCUGUUUUGUUAAUUCUUCAAUUCAAACCACCAAAGAAACAUACAUAACAUAUUAUAUCCAACACCAUUAUAUCUUCCGAAUUUAUUUAGUCCGAAUUUGUCCGAAUGAAAGAGACUUCCGCAUGGGAGUCUUUUUUCGGGAAGAGACUUCUUUAGAUGAAUUCGGACUAAACAAAUUUGGUGAACGAAUCAUUAAUCUAUUUUAUAUACAUGAGAGUGAAAAUAUAUAUGUACAUAUAAUUUAGCGUAAAGACGAGAUUGAUGAGCUUGUUUACUUUAUAAAUUCUUAAAUACCCAUCUCUUGCUCCAACUCUCUUCCAUUCUCUCUCUGUCUCUGUCUCUCUCUCUCAAGUCGAGGUUUGUACAAAAGAAAGAGGGGAAAGCAAAGAGAGAAACAUCAGUUUUAUCUCCUUAAUUGUCUUCUCUUUUCUUGCAUCAUAACCAGCUUGCAACCAUGUCGUAUCUGAAUCAAUCGAUGGAGGUCUUGGACUCUCCCCAGAGAAAAAUAGGUAGGGGAAAGAUCGAGAUCAAGCGGAUCGAAAACACUACGAAUCGCCAAGUCACCUUCUGCAAGCGUCGAAACGGCUUGCUCAAGAAAGCCUAUGAAUUGUCUGUUCUUUGCGAUGCCGAGGUCGCCCUAAUCGUCUUCUCCACCCGCGGCCGCCUUUACGAGUACUCCAACAACAGUGUCAAGGGUACAAUUGAAAGGUACAAGAAGGCAUGCUCAGACUCGUCCAAUACUGGAUCGGUUUCUGAACUAAAUGCUCAGUUCUAUCAGCAAGAAGCCGCAAAAUUACGUGGGCAAAUUUCAAAUUUGCAGAAUUCACACAGGCACAUGUUGGGUGAGUCUCUGAGCUCUAUGUCUAUUAGGGAUCUCAAGAACCUCGAGAGUCGUCUAGAGAGAGGCAUUAGUAGGAUUCGAUCCAAAAAGAAUGAGCUCUUAUUUGCAGAAAUCGAACUUAUGCAAAAAAGGGAAAUCGACUUGCAUAACAGUAACCAGUACCUCCGAGCAAAGAUAGCUGAGAAUGAGAGAGCUCAGCAGCAGAUGAACCUGAUGCCUGGAGGGGGGUCUGAAUAUGAGUUGAUGCCACCACCUCAGUCAUUCGAUACUCGAAACUACUUUCAAGUGAAUGGUCUCCAACCCAAUGAUCAUUACUCUCGCCAUGACCAAACUGCCCUUCAGCUUGUAUAAGUUAAUUUAUAUGCUCAAAGGGACUGUGAUUUCUCCUGUUCCAUUCCCUAGCUGUAGAUCUACUACUUCUACCAGAUGAAGAAGCUCUCAAGUUUAUAUCUAUGGAAAAUGCUAUAAUCUAUGGAGGUUUUGACUUGGUGAUGCCUUUGUACUACUCCCUCGUGAUAUUGUUGUAGACUUCAGUGGUCAAAAGGACUCCUAAUCCUAUGUCUGUUUUGCUUUGUCUUUCAUGCUUUGCACUGUUAUAUUAUAUAAAUGUAUUUACUAUCCUUUGGGAUUUCCUUUUCUUUU